CCAUGAAGACCAAACAUGCCUGGCUUUGGCGCUGGAUGCAUCACCAGGAAGACAGACAUGCAGAUCAGAGAUCACCGUUUGCAGGCGGCGGCGCGUAGGCGAAGGAAGGAAGGAAGGAAGGAAGGCCGUCGUCGGCGGCGAAGGCGGGAGGGAGACGUGGUCGCGCAGCGAAUACUCAGUAUUGUGUGCCACCGGAGUUCUUCCCUACGUCGGCGACUCAUCUUUGUCUCGAGCGAAACAUCCAUCCUUGACCACUGCACGCUACUGGUUUUGUAUAUUGCGCGCCACCUGCUUUCGCUGACCGACUGGCCCUGGUCAGCUCAGCUGCGUUCGUCACUUGGUACGCCGGUGGCUCUGUCCUCCGCGCUCGGCUGCUGUAGGACCUGCUCUCCACCCACCGCCGCGUCUGCCCGGCGUCACCAAUCCGAUAGCCGCGCUGCCGAGCAAUCCGGCGUCACCAAUCCGCGUCCAACCCUUCCGGCGAGCUUGCCGUUAAUAAUUUCCCACGAGCGCCACCACCAUCCCCGACAAAACCGCGCCAGGUCAGAGGCGCACUGCUGCCUCCGGUCGCCGUCGGAGACCCCCUCCCAUAUCCAAGGUCAAACCCCACUCACGCGCGGACGCGUCUCGCUCGCUCGCUCGCUUCCUCAGCUCCCCUUCCCACCCUCCGCUCCGCUGCUCGGCUCGGCUCCGCGCCGCUCGCUUCCUCCACGCCACCGCCGGCCGGAGCACAGAGCGCGUCGCCCGCCGCCGAUGGGCACGCCGCGGCGGCCGCGCCCGCGGCAGCUGGCGCGCACCAACGCCAUGCGGAACUCCUCCUACUCCGCGGACGCCCCCGCCGACGGCGAAGACGACUUCUUGGCCUACGCCGCCGCCGGGGCCGGGGGCGGGUACGCGUCGCAGACCAGCUUCCGCAUCAGCGGCGGCAGCGGCGGCGCCGAGGAGGUCGCCGAGCUCUUCCGCAUGCUCGGCCUCUCCGGGCCCGAGGACUUCGCCAUCCCGCCCGCCGUCUACGCCGCCGCCAUGUCCCACCUCCCCAACGCCGCCCGCCGCCGCGCCUCCCUGGACGAGUCCCCUAGAUCCGGACCCGAGGCUUCCUCCUCCUCCUCCUCCUCCUCACCAUCCGAGACCCCAGAAACUUGUAGCCACGCCGUUGUGCUGGCCACCGAAUCGCCCCAAUCGGAAAUCACACAGGUCACCGCACGGACGCCCGCCGUCUACGCCGCCGCCAUGCCCCACCUCCCCAACGCCACCCGCCGCCGCGCCUCCCUGGACGAGUCCCCUAGAGCCGGACCCGAGGCUUCCUCCUCCUCCUCCUCCUCCUCACCAUCCGAGACCCCAGAAACUUGUAGCCACGCCGUUGUGCUGGCCACCGAAUCGGCCCAAUCGGAAAUCACACAGGUCACCGCACGAACGUACCAAGCACCCGGAGCUGAAUCGCAAACCAGAUUGGUCCAGCAGGAGGUACUGGAAACAACCUCCACAUCAAAGGUCACUCCAGCGUCCAAGCCGGGGAAUGCAGGCGAAGACAAGGGGAACGACAAGCCGGCCAAAGCAGAAACACUACGAAAAGAGAGGAGAAGGGAGCUGGUGGCUGUGGAGACGACAAGGGAGGCCACUGGUGGUGGUGCCCUAGCUGUCGUCGUUGCAGAGUCCACUUCAGCUGACGUUGAGCAUUGGGUCUCGCCGUCGCCUCAUAGGCGGUUCAGGAGGACCAUCACGUCCUGGAUCAAGGGAGAGCACAUCGGGAGCGGAUCCUUCGGGUCGGUCUACGAGGCGAUCAGCGAUGACGGGUUUUUCUUUGCUGUCAAGGAAGUGUCAUUAAUUGACCAGGGAAUCAAUGCGAAACAGCGCAUUGUCCAGCUUGAGCAUGAGGUAUCUCUCUUGAGUCGUCUGGAACAUGACAAUAUAGUUCAGUAUUAUGGAACAUACAAGGAAGAUGGGAAAUUCUAUAUUUUUCUAGAACUUGUGACUCAAGGCUCUUUGGCAGCUUUAUAUCAAAAAUAUUGUUUGCAAGAUUCCCAAGUCUCAGCAUACACAAGGCAGAUUUUGAAUGGUUUGAACUACUUACAUCAGCGAAAUGUGCUGCACAGAGACAUCAAAUGUGCAAAUCUCCUAGUUGACGCAAAUGGAUUGGUUAAAUUGGCAGAUUUCGGGCUUGCAAAGGAGAUGUCAAUUCUGAGCCAGGCAAGAUCUAGCAAGGGAACUGUUUACUGGAUGGCCCCUGAGGUUGCUAAGGCUAAGCCACACGGGCCUCCAGCAGAUAUAUGGAGUCUUGGCUGCACAGUUCUGGAGAUGCUGACCGGCAAAGUUCCAUACCCUGAUAUGGAAUGGACACAUGCUUUGCUCAAAAUUGGUAGGGGAAUACCACCAAAAAUUCCCAAUACCUUAUCAGAAGAUGCACGAGAUUUCAUAGUGAGAUGUGUCCAAUCAAAUCCGAAGGACCGGCCGUCUGCUGCUGAGCUGUUAGACCACCCUUUUGUAAAGAGACCAUUGCAACAUUAAGGCAUCUGAUUGUGUUGCUAACAGAUUUGCUUGUACAUAAGCUGAUUCUAAUGUUACCUGUGGAAAGCUGUGGGUGAUGCUGAGGAAUGAGGAUGAUCCCGCAGCCCAGAAGUGUUCCUUGUUCACACUCGCAUGUUCAAUGUUGGUGGGAGGUCCGAACACUGAAAUUUCUUCCAAUCUGGUGAAAAUUUAGUGAUGUUCAGUUAAAAGGUAACUCUGUGGUACGGAUAAGAUAUUUCCACUCGGAGAUACCUUACCAAACAAAAAAGAGUUACCUUGUUGGUUGAUAGGAUUUGAUUGUUUUGAGCUCUUUGGUGUGUUGUCUCCAGUGUGUGGGUCAAAAUCUAUGUCACCAUGUACAUACCAUGAAUUGGCACAUUAAGAAUGCUAUUUGGGCGAAAUACGAGCUACAGUGUGAUCCAUCAACAAGGGAAAUCGUUUAAAAAGAUUUAA